UAUUAUUUAUUUCAGCUUAAAGAACUGAAAGAAAGACAGAAACAGCAACUGAGGCACAAGGCCCUUAAAAAGGGUCUAGACCCUGAAGCCCUCACAGGCAAAUACCCACCUAAAAUCCAAGUAGCCUCCAAAUACGAAAGGCGUGUGGACACUAGGUCGUACACUGACAAGAAGCAUCUAUUUGAAGGUGGAUAUGAAAACAUUGUUAAAGACCUGAACGAAAAGACCUGGAAAGAAAAAUUGGGACAAUUCGAUUCCAGACAGAAGGCACGCCUGCCCAAAUGGUUCGGCGAGCGCCCGGGCAAGAAAGCCGGCGAACCCGAGACUCCAGAAGGCGAGGAAGAAAAACAGGUGGUAGACGAUGAAGACCUGAAAGAACCAGUCUUCGAACCCGAACCAGAAGAAGAGGAAGAAGAGGAGGAGGUUGAAGAAGAAGAGGAGGAAGAGGAUGAGGAAGAGGAGGAGGAAGAAGAAGAAUAAGCUUUCCUCUAAACGUCAGGAUUUUUUCAAUAUAUAUGCGUCCACCCAAGACCCGGAGCAAUGUGGACCUCCAAUAAACUUAUUUUUAUUAUUUUUAAGUUUAAACUUACAUUAUUUUAUUCUGUUAAUCAUUAAAAUCUGUUGAUAAAUAAAGAUAUAUUCCUACAUGUAA